AUGGAGGAGGGGAACGGCGGCGGCGGCGGCAGCGGCGCCGCGGCGGGCGUCCGCGUGGGGGCCGAGUCCUCCGAGCCGAAGCGCGCCUCCGUCCGCGCCAUGCCGCACGAAGAAUGCGUCGAGGGCAUCCGCUCCGCGCUCAAAAAUCCGACGGUGCGGUUCCUGAGGGAGCGGAUGGAGAAGGCCGGAUGCCAGGUGUGGCCGCGCCUCAUCCAGGCGGCAACCUGCUCCGAUGCCGGCGGCUACGCCAGCGGGCAUGGGAUAAAAGUUUGCUGCAAUCACAUGGCUUUUCAAGAUGAGAUUACCCAGGUCCUUAUUCAUGAACUGAUACACGCUUAUGAAGACUGUGUUGCCAAAAAUCUGGACUGGAAGAAUUGUGCUCACCAUGCUUGCUCUGAGAUUCGAGCCAAUCACCUUAGUGGUGAUUGCCAUUACAAACGUGAAUUGUUGCGUGGUUUCAUGAAGAUAAGGGGUCAUGAACAAGACUGUGUCAAAAGGCGGGCUCUGAUGUCUCUGAAAAACAACCCAUACUGCUCAGAGACUGCUGCAAAAGAUGCAAUUGAAGCUGUAUGGGAUAUAUGCUACAAUGACACACGCCCAUUUGAUAGAGCUCCAUGA